UGUUCAGGAAGUUUGGAGAAGUUUUGAAAGGCAGCAAUGAAAUUUCUUUUCCUCUUGCAUUGUGAUUGCAGUGAUGCCAUUUGGUAACCUGCACAGAUUGUUUUUUUUUAAUUAUUAUUACUCAGGCUGUUGUUAUUUUGUUUCCUUAACUGUGUAAAACGAACUUCCAAAAAAGCCCAGCUCUAGCUAAUGAAGCGAGCGGAGUUUUUCUGCGCCCACAGCCACGUCUGAAAGCGCCUCAUUGUGAUCCGAGCCCCCGAAGCGCGCUCCCAGGCACAUCAAGUGCGCGCUUCCGAAGUCGCAGGCGACGCCGCCGCCGCUGCUGCCACCAAGCAACGUACUUCAAAGAGGCGUUUCUCAGCUGAACUUCAUAUUUUCCUUACUAUGGGGAGGUUAAGGAACACUAAAUCGGCUGUCCUUAGUAUCCUUGUCUUGCAAAGCAUGGUUCUCCUUUUAAUUUACAUCCGGCAAAGUGGUUUCACCUCCCAGGUUGAAGUACAGAAGGGGAAAGUUCAUGUUCUUAUCCUGUCUUCCUGGAGAUCUGGCUCAUCUUUUGUGGGCCAGGUCUUUAACCAGCAUCCCAAUGUCUUUUAUUUAAUGGAACCUGCUUGGCAUGUAUGGGUUAGCCUUUACCAGAACAGUGCCAGUGCCUUACGCAUGGCUGUCAGGGAUCUCAUUCACUCAGUCUUCCAGUGUGACAUGUCUGUGUUUGACGCAUACAUGCCCGAAAAGAGAAAUGUUUCCAGUUUGUUUCAGUGGGCUGUUAGCCAUGCACUUUGUUCAUCACCUGUUUGUGAUCUGCAGGAAAAUGAGGAAAUAAGUGAUGAAUCUGUCUGUAAGAAAAAGUGUAACAAGACCUCUUUUGAAAAGGUAGAAGAAGUCUGUAAGACAUUCAGCCAUGUUGUGAUAAAAGAAGUACGGUUUUUUGACUUGAAAACACUCUAUCCACUUCUUAGAGACCCAUCCCUAAAUCUGAAAAUUAUCCACCUCAUCAGAGAUCCCAGGGCUGUGGCCAGGUCACGUGAGCAGUCAAUGAAAGCCCUAAUGAGGGACAAUGGCAUUGUUUUGAAUACAAAUGGCACUGAAGUGGCUGACACCAGCUACCAUGUUAUGCGGGAAAUCUGUCGCAGUCAUGUACAGAUUUAUGAGACAGCAACUCAGAAGGCACCCAGCUUCUUAAAGGAACGGUAUAUGAUGGUACGCUUUGAAGACCUGGUACGAGACCCGCUGACCGAAAUCUCAGAGAUGUACAAAUUUGCAGAGCUUGACCUGACUGCCUCACUUAAAUCUUGGAUUUAUGACAUUACACAUGGAGAGGGGCCUGGAGAAAAGCAAGAAGCCUUUAAAAUAACUUCCCGCAAUGCACUCAAUGUGUCACAGGCAUGGAGGAAAACUAUGGCUUUUGAGAAGGUUGCUAAAAUUCAGGAAGUCUGUAAGGGGGCUAUGAACCUUCUUGGUUACCGUCUCGUAGAUUCUGAGAGAGAACAGAAACUUCUAUCUUUGGACAUGGUGCUACCACGGAAGCGAUAUCAAUUCAUCUGGCUGCCAUCAAAAACUAGCACUAAUCAGGACUAAAUGUUUCAUGGACUCUUGUAGGUGAAAUUAAAUAUAAGAGAAGGAAUGUUUCAUUUAUACUACAAAACAUAUUGGAAGUAAACUUAUUAGGAUUGGUUAAUGAAUUUCAAUGAAAAAGAUAUGGCCAAAGAAUACAGUUUUGGCCAACCUAAGUAGCAUACCUGAGAGAGUUAAAAUCCAAAGGAUACUGGACCUACCAGUACAUUCACUUGGUGUGCAUGGUUUAUUUAAAGUACUGAAGCUUAAUUAGCUUUUUGAAUUUAAUAUAAUUAACUUUGAUUCAAAAGAUUUGCAUCUAAAACGGUACGUUGAGUUAAUUGCAGUUUCUACUGAGUAUUGAAAUUAUGCCGUGGGCUUUAAGUCAAAGAACAAGGUAUCUUAGCAAUCUUCAGGAGAUCGGAUCAUAUAUAGUUUAAUAAGAAACACUUUGACUGGAAAAAAAAAUCUUGAAAGUGUUGAAAUAUGCACAGUGGCAAAACAAAAAAGAAAAAAGUAUUUGAAACAGUUACCCACAAAGUGUACUACAAAGUGCAUUACUACACAGGGUUUUUUUGUAAUUGGGGAAACAAGUUUCUUUGUGAAUUGCAGAAAACCCAAUCCACUUAAGUGCAGGACUGAGGUUAGUGCUUUUUCUUUCUUGUGUGUAAUUUACCCCACUUUGUGGUCUGUGAAAAAAUAAACCUGUUUAAUUUGGAA